GCUCGGGAGCAGUCGUCGUCUCCCCUUUCACUGCAGCGCCUCCGCGGAGCAGACUGGCUCACUGCUCUCAUCCGAGUCCUAAGUGCACCCUGUCGGAUCUAUUAAACGACCAGCGCCGGCUCCUCGGAAGCCCUUAGUUCGUGUACAAAUGCAAGCUAUCAAAUGCGUGGUAGUCGGCGACGGGGCUGUCGGCAAAACCUGUCUGCUGAUUAGCUACACCACCAAUGCAUUCCCUGGCGAAUACAUCCCCACAGUCUUUGACAACUACUCCGCCAAUGUGAUGGUGGAUGGGAAACCAGUCAAUCUGGGCCUUUGGGAUACAGCCGGACAGGAGGACUACGACAGACUCAGACCAUUAUCUUACCCACAGACGGAUGUGUUCUUGAUAUGCUUCUCCCUGGUCAGUCCGGCUUCCUUUGAGAACGUCCGAGCUAAGUGGUACCCUGAAGUGAGACAUCAUUGCCCCAACACGCCCAUUAUCCUUGUGGGCACCAAACUAGACUUGCGAGAUGACAAGGAUACCAUUGAGAGGCUGCGGGACAAGAAGCUUUCCCCCAUCACCUACCCACAGGGUUUGGCCAUGGCAAGAGAGAUUGGGGCUGUAAAGUACCUCGAGUGUUCUGCGCUGACCCAGCGAGGUCUGAAGACAGUGUUCGACGAGGCCAUCCGAGCCGUGCUCUGCCCCCCGCCUGUGAAGAAAAGGGGAAAGAGGUGCACCAUAUUCUGAGAAGACGACCGUGAAAAAAAAAACAUGUCAACUGCAAGUCAUUAAACAAGAAUAUCUGUAGGAUGACGAGGAGAGAAAAC